CUUCACAUCAUCAAAGUUACCGUGUACUUACGAGAGGCUCGACGCUAAUGACGUAGACUUCCAACCCGGCUCGCUAAUGUUGGAUUUCUUUCCUUUUCUCGCGUACUUGCCGGCAUUCCUGCAACCGUGGAGGAAGCUUGCUACUUCAUCGAGAGUCAGGGAGCAGAAUCUGCAUCGGGCAUUCCUCCGUAGGCAGCCCGAGACAGGAAACGCUCCUCAGUGCUUCGGCUCGUUAUUGGUUCAAAUCCAGGAGGAAGAAGGUAUCAGUGAUGAUCGCGCGUGCGACAUUCUCGCAAUGCUCAUUGGAGCCGGAGCGGACACUACUUCUUCGUACCUACAAUCCUAUAAAGUUAUGGCUAUACACCCACAAACCAUGAAGAAGGCACAAGAGGAACUGGGUAACAUUGCCGGUUCACAGCGGUUGCCUACAUGGGAUGAUGAAAUGCCUCUUCCCUAUGUUCGAGCCCUCAUCAAAGUCCACCGGUGGGCACCUAUCGGAAGCCUUGGUAGUCCGUAUGCUACAACCAAGCGCGACGUGUACGAAGGACGGCAUAUUCCAGAAGGCGACGUGGUUUCCCCGAACCUUACGGCUUUCAGCAGGAGUCCAGAAUGAUACAAGGUUCUCAAGAUAUUCGCUCCCGAACGCUUUCUAGGUGAUGAUCUAGAUGCAUCCGCGUCCGCACUAGAUCCUGACACAAGAAGCGGGACCAUUUCCAUUAUGUGUUUGGGAGACGCCUCUGUCAAGGUAUCUUCGUUGCUGAGGCAAGCCUCUAUAUCGUGGUAUUGAGAGUUUUUUGGAGCUUUAUCAUUACCCUUAAACUAACCGCUUCACUAUUGGACAUGAAUGCAAAGAUAGCUGGACUGGUUACCAAACCGAAGCCUUACUAGGUUUUGAUCAAAUGCCGCAGCUCAGUUUAUGAACGAACCAUUAGGGCUAUGCAAAGCGCGGAGACGGACAUACUCACUUUCAUCUAAGCAUGAUUUUCCAU